CCUCCCAACGCCCAGAGAAAAACAACACCACCGCCGCCCACCCUCCUAUUUCAACCUUAUCCCCUCUCUCCGCCCUUCUCCAUCUCCGGCGCCUUCUUUCCGACGACAUCUACGCCGAUCGCCGGAAACUGAUGAGCAGUAGCCGCCGAUCAUCAUCCGAUAAGUCACACAACAAUUCUUGCCCAACAAGCUAGCUAGCUCAUCGUCGUUUCUUGAUUGACAUAUACAUAUAUAUACUUACAUGAAUAAAAACAUAGGCGACAUGGAAGCCGGAGAAAUGCAAGAGAAGGAGAAGACGCCAUUAUCAUCGGAGACAUGUUCCUCGGAGAGUAAAGGGAUGGCGUCGAUUGAUUUGAACAGCAGAAUGGACGGCGAGGAUGAUGAUGACGACGAGGUAGAAGUCAUGAGCGCGGCGGAUGAGAGCGAGAAAACGGCCGGGGAUGGAAACUCGGCGAACAAUAGCAGCUCUUUCUCCGGCGGCGAAGGAAACAUGAAUGGUGAUGAUCAGAAGAAGUCGUCUAGUGUCCGGCCAUAUGUCCGAUCAAAAAUUCCCAGGCUCCGGUGGACUCCUGACCUCCAUCUCUCCUUUGUUCACGCCAUUGAACGACUCGGUGGACAAGAAAGAGCAACACCCAAAUUGGUUCUCCAAUUAAUGAACGUGAGAGGGCUCAGCAUUGCUCAUGUAAAGAGCCAUCUGCAGAUGUAUAGAAGCAAGAAGCUUGAUGCAUCCGGCCAAGUAUUAGGUCAAGCUAAGAGAGGAUUUAAAGGGAGAAGUUAUGGAUAUGGAGACAUGAUGAACUAUAGAUUUAUUCCCCAUCAGCAUUUCAAAAUGCAAAACGGCGCAAUCGUGUUAACAAGAACUUUUGAAGAUGGUCGUCAUCAAAUGGGCAAUAAUAUUGCAAGGCAUUCCAUAUUUCAAUCCCCAACAUAUGACCUCAAAAGCAUCAUCUCAAGAUAUCAACAGAGGUCAUCCAAUCAAGAAAGUGUUCUUGUCAAGCUUAGCGGGGCGGCGAAAAUGGAAGAUCAUAGAGAAGGAAACGUGUUAAGAAUGAGGAUGCUGCAGCAUCAAGAGAAGCUGCCAUCAUCAUAUGCUCCAAAAGAUCAGUUGCAAUAUUCACCUAGUAAUGGUAGCCAUCAUCAUCAAAUUGUCCCAAUCAGGCCUAGCCAGUUUCUUGAAGAAAAAAGAUGGCCGCCGAGGGGAUCCAUGGCCAACCAUUUGAAAGACAAACCUGCAGCCUUCACAUGUGGCCUUUGGUCCAAUGCUGCAGCAACUCCCCAACCAUUGCUUCACCACACAAUCCCAGUUGGGACAAACUCCAGAUUUAGCUCUCUUGGCCCUAAUUUUGACCCCCCAUUUCGGCGACUUGAGAUGAUGAAUAAGGAGAAGAUGAGCUUCAAGGAGAAUGGCAGAUUGCUGGAUUUGCAACUGAGAUUAAGCCAGAGUGGAGAUGCUAAUAAUAGUAAUAAUGGUGAGAAGUCUUAUAAUAAGAAGGAAGGAGAUAUUAACACGAAGCUUUCUUUAUCCCUAUAGCCAUCAAACUGCAUGCACACUGUAUCCCCACACAGACUUUAAUUCCUAAUUAAUUUUGUGUUCCAGUUUAGAGUUAGAAAAAAUUUGUUGGCUAUACUAGGAGGGUGAGUACUUGAGAUCUGACCAUAUAUGCAGUUGGCCUAGAUCAGAGCAGUGGAGUGAGAUCUCUAAGUACUUGCCUUAGCUUAUAGGCUUGUGAUAGUACUAACUAAUUACAGUUUAAUGUUUUGACACAUUUUUAUGGAAA